AUGAUAAUGAGUAAUAAACAUCUUCAUGAUGCGGCUGCAGUCUCCAUGACUGUCAAGAAAGCCAGGUUGAAGGCAGCAGUGUUAAUGAGCUGUGGGAGCACCGCUCCCAUUGCCACAUCUCCUCCUGCUUCUCUUGCAACUGUGGUGGUUCUGCUGGUUGGUGCAUCUGUGUCCAGUUCAUCCCCUGCCCCCCUCACUGCUGUUGCAACGCUGCCCCCCCUCUCAGCCAAUACAGUAGCAUAUGACCCCAUGUGGUCAUUCAGAGAGGAACCUGGGAAGAGCUUGAUUUCAGAGACAGUGACUCUGAGAAGCUUAAUCUGUAGUUCCCCUUUCACAGCAUAUCUGAGCCCUGCUCAGAAUGCUGCUGAGUUGAGUCUGCAGAGUUCUACAGUUUCUUCAUCUUCUCUCUGUGAGAAGGCUUUAGUACAGUCUCUGGUCAGCACUGCUACUUAUCUGCACUACAUCAAGCAGCUGAAGAAGAAGAGGAUUUUAUACAUCUGCUUCUUCUCUCACUCUUAUUAUUUUCAUUGCAUCUGCAACAACAACUUCUGUCUCUCUAUACUCAAGCAGUACAGAGUGAGAGUCUCAGAGCUUCAAGUGUUGAUAGAUUUCAUCAAGGCUGAAGAGAUAACUGAGAUGCUUUCACUAACUUCUCAACAGACAAAGAUGUCAGUGUCAGAGACUCUCACAGUGAAGAAUGAGUUUGAUGAGAGUAUAGUUAUUGAUAAGUAG